GUCGUUAAUCAGUUCCUUCUCUCUCACUCCAGUUGCAUCGUCGGUUGCGAUAAUCAAUUCAUGGAAAACGGGAUGAAUAUCGGCGACGAAGUUCGCAGACACCGGCUCCUCAUCUGGCUUGGUUUCUCUACGAUGGCGUUCUGCGCGGCGAAACUGCUCCGCACCCUCUCGCUCGCGCAGGGUGCAGCGGCCGGCGGCGCCUCCCCUGCGCGCCUCCUGUGGGCCUACAUCGCUUGGCUGGCGGCGCUCGUCGCCGUGUUCUCGGCGGUGGCUUUACGGAGGCUCCCGAGGGCAAUGGCCGACGUCGUCGAUCGCGCUCGCAUGGUCCGGGCUGCGCCCUUCCCCCUGUUGGCCGUCUGCACCGCCCACCUCCUUCGCGUUCUGGCCGAGGCGGCCGAUCAUGAUCAGGCGCUCGUCGACAGCCGCGCGGCGGCGGCCCGGCUCGUCAGAGCCUAUGCGGUGUGGCUGCUGGUACUCGUCGCAACCUUGGCGCCAGUCGCCGGACUGCCUCCUAGGGCUGUGUCAGCCGUGCGGCUCUCCGCGGUCGUUGCGUGCUUCAUUGACUACUGAGACGCUGUGUGCAUAUCCGAUUUUUGCGGCGUCCAUCGUUAAAUAAAUUUUUAGAUUGACGUCCUUGGAUGUUUCGUGUUGAUCCAUUAUUAUCUACAAAAAUAUAUCGGAAUGCCCCAAUAUAAUUUUAAUACUUCUCAUCUUUUACUCUCUUUCUAUCCUUCUUUUUCUUGUUUGUCUUUACUUCUUCUCUGAUUCGACCAUUCCAAAAAGGCCAGGAGUUUAUAUGAUUGAUUGAGGAUAAUGCACUCACCUGACUGAGGUCAACGCGCUUACAAGGACUCGUCAGGCGCAAAGCACCACACAACAACAAGAAAACAUGUUCGGGGUUGUUGGGCUCACUCGCUCUAGUAGGACUCGUCCCUUGGCUCCUCGUCCUCGUGCCCCCUCUU